UACUUGAGUGCAGAUGAGUCCCAUUUCGUAAAGAAUAGGGCAAGGGAAACCUCUGCGCAUUUGCUGCAAGAAACAAAGCCAACGCUAUCUUUGUAUAGCCGAUUGAUUUAUUUAUCUUUACCCGGAAAACUUCGCUAGACGGAGUAUUGCGUGACCAUUCAGGCAGGCACACGAUGGUCCCUCUUGCUUGGCUUUGGUUUCUGAUAACUUAUCUAGCAGUGGAUGCUCAGUAUGCUCGAGGUGGGUAAGCUGCUGGAUAUAGAAUUAACUAAUGUUUCGUCAGUUAUUAUGCUCUAGUCUGAAAAGCAAUGACUGCCUCUAAAACACCUAAUUAAGUGACAUGCUCACACGGUAGGUUGCUAAUGGUUUACCAGUCACUUACAGUUUAUUGGGGGUAAAAACAAAAGCAAGAUAUCAAAAUUUAAUUUCUGGGAAAAUUUUCCACAAGCAUGAAUUAAAUUAAAUUCCAUCGAUAUCGUCUUUUUUCUUCGGCAAAUUUCGACAAGAAAAAGAAAAAUUGUUCCUUUAACUCAGGUAGGUUUUUUUAAAAAAUAUUUGGUUUAGACAAAAAGGCUGCAAAUGCAAUCACUUUAAAAGUCAUUUUUAUAUGAGGACUUUUGCUUUGUAGUUUAAGCCUUGGAAAUAAAAAUCUUUUCUGUGUCACUUGGGAUUUGAGACUUAAUCUUUAGUGAAACAUCCGAAUGAUCAUCAUCUUUGUCAAGAUUUCUCUCAAAAGAAAGUCAUCUCUCUCGAAAUGUUGGAGCGGGUAGAGCUAAACAAGUGACCUAGACAAAUCCCUGUCACAAGGAACUGUAUCAAGCGGUGUGUGUUGAUGAGUUCCCAAAUCUCAUGUUAAUAAAUAAAUCCAAAAUUAUUUCCUUCAAGCUAGGGGAUUCCGUGUAUAGGCAUGCCAAAUUGCACUGAAUGAAUAUAUAAAUUUUGUUAAGGCAUGUUUUCAUUUGGAGGGUCACAAACUAUAAAUACAUGUAGAUGAUAGUUUUAAGAAGGCUUGUCCAAACAAGUGUUUGUGUAGACUGCUUGCAGUCCGCCUUUUCUCUUAAAACUCGUCUAGGUCUUGAUCUUAUCCAGCGCGAUUACAAACAACGAUGUUAUUAUAUACAGGGGUCGAGACUAGACGAGAAAAGACGGACUGCUGUCUCUUUUGUAGUAAACAAACCCUCCGCCAGCCCAGAAACGGAGUAACCGAGUGGUCAAUUGCACAACUGUUGACAGAUCAUUGACUGGUCUGUGGUGAGAUUGCAAGCAAUAAAAAUAGUCACGCGUCACAAACAACUGCAAACAAUAGUGCAGUCUAGUGUUUGUGCUACAGUUUGAUACCAAUGCAUGUCUGUACAAAACAAAUAACUAACAGGGAAGAUAAAGGAGUAUGAAAACAAACCAAAAUGUUAACCUGCGAAAACAUCCGUUUCUCCUUGCUCAUCGCUGCAGGGGACGUUUCGCGAGAAGGAACGUCUGCGACUCAGCGACAGAAAUUCCAUACUGAUGACGUAAAUCAAUGUUUACAUAAUAAAUUCGGUAGUCAUGGGGGUUCCAAAUACAAAUUUGUUAAAUUUUACGUUUCUCCUGGUCGAUUUUGGUGAAGUGUUUUGUUCAUCUGCGAACGAGCUCCAGCAAAACUCAAAUGCUUCUUCAAGAAAGAAUAUAUGCCACAAAUAUUGACUGUUUAAACUGUGAAAGGUUUGAACCCAGGAGUCAUUUCAAAUAGUUACUUCAUGUGCACUGACCUUGUCACGUCUGGAUCAUCUGGAUGAUUUUUCCAAUAUAGUGACUUAAAUGUGUGUUUGUAGUAAUGAUAACAAUAUAUUUGGGGGUUAAGCUGGGCAUUUUGCGGGGAGAAAAAAUCAUCCAGACGCGACAAGGUCAGUGCACAUGAAGUAACUAUUUCCUUCAGUCUACGGAUACUAUUAAAAAAUAAAAUAAAAUACCACUGUAACAUUUCUCAAAAUGCACCAAAUUGCAUGUAAGCGCAUAUACAUUUCAAAAAACCACCAUUCAAUCACAGUUUUUGACAAAUGGAAGCUUUUGUUCAGCGUAUCAGUGAAUCCAACCUCAGGGCAUGUUAACACCACUGGAGAUUUUCCCUGUAUCACGGACAACGUGGUUUAUUGUCUGUCGUGCACCAAAUGCGACAGUGUACAUUAGAGAAAAUGGACGCAGGUUGGCGGACCACUUUAGAGAACACCACAAAGAUGUCAUAAACGGGAGGAAUGACCUUCCUGUACCUGCCCACUUCAACCAAGCCAAUCAUACACUGGAGAACAUGACAGUCGUUGUAUAAAAGGCAGGCCUUGCCAACCAGGAAAACAUGAAAAGGAAUUUGAAGAAGGGGACGUUUCCAACCAUUAGGAAAAAAUCCUCUCAAACACUGUCAAAGCAGAGUCGACGAUCGGUGAGUGAAAUUACAAUGUAUUUGCGCUGUGCUUAUCACCAUUAUAUUUAUUUCCCUAUUUACCUGUGACAUGAUUUUUUCUCGCAUCGUUGUUCAAUAUUCGUGUAAUGAAUGCUCUGACUAUUUGGACUUUCCAUAUUGUUGCAUGUGUUUUCAUACUUUUCUGCUUUUUUCUCAUAGUUAUAGUAAAACGGGCAUUUGCGCUGAGUGGACGUGAAGUCAAUUCCCCAAUUCCCAGACCUUUCCACUCAAGCGUAAGAUUUAGAAAAAGUGAAGCUACAUAGAAAUCCGGCUCUCUAUUUUUUGAGAGAUUAUCUUGCUGUUACUUUGAGAUUUGACAGUACUCCAAACUUCCCUCCAAGAAAUCUUACAGCAAAUUAAGAAAUACACGCGAGUCUUUUAAAACGACCAAAAAUGGGCUUAGCCUGAUUUCUACAUUCUAUAAGUUCAGUUACUGUUUGCGUUUUUUUUUUUUUGUAUUUUAAUUCUAUUUUCACUGUCUGCAAAUGAUGCAUACAUUUUAAGGCAAAGAUGUGGUUAAACCUUGCUUCCAUUUCUAGUUUUGAAAACAUCGACAUAAAGCUCAAAUUUUAACUUGUUUUGAAGGGGAGAUACAAAAAAUGGUCGUACCUAUUUUCAUUUUUAGCUACUAAACGAAAUUCUGGCUGGUCAAACUACUAAUGAGGAUACAGAGGAAGAAGACAAUCCUGAAGAAGAGGUGAUCUCUUUGAAAGGAAGUUCUGCACCUGAGGAGAGUGCUGACACUAUGGGGGCUCCCAAUCUCAACCCUAAGGAGUCUCUAGAAGUCGAGGGUGUUCUGAAUACAAGUCAGGGUUCUUUGCUUGAGUUAAAUCCUGAAAAGGAGGGCUGCAUCCCUGAGACUGAGACGGGUGAGACAAGUGUUGAUGCUGAGAUGGCUUCAGAGGUCCUAGGUACUCCUGGUGAUAAGACAGCUCUCGAGAGCCAAGGGAUUUCAGGCACUGAUGAGGUUACUGAGACCAUGCAGAUCCUGGAGGCUCAGGGAAUCGAAAAAGUGCAGGAUAUGGAUGAAGUUAUGCAGAUUGAUGAAUCAUUAAUGAUUCCUGAACUUGAACAGGUUUCUAUGGUAGGCGCAUAACUCUAAUGAAUGUUUAUUUGCAUCUUUGUAUUAUCAUAACAAUGGAAAACAACAUGUGCAGUUAUUUUACGACAAUACUAAAACACAAAAAUUCUAAAGUCUUGUUAUUACAGCCUGUAUUAAUGUUGAAAGUUUGUUUUCUGUAGGAUACUCCAACAGGACAUGCUGGGAAUUGCGUAACAUGCAAAACGCUGAGGAGUGAGGUGACUCAGUUAAGGGGCAAAGUCACAAGACUGAAGAGUAAGUUAAUCUCCAAUCAAGAUCAGUGGGUUGAAACCUUUAAGAGCAUACAAGAGCCGAAGCAGUUGCUGAUGGUGAAUGCUGGUGAGUCAACAAUAAUUGAUGUUGAUGAGUCAUAUAGGCAUAACUACCUAUCUUUAUAUUUUUAUUAUAUUUUAUCAAUAUUUGAUUAUUUAAUAAUAAUUAAAAUUUCAAUGGUGAUAGAAUUUUUUUAAUUCCAUUUGUUUAAGCUAUUCAAACUGAUCCAUGGCCAGUAACAAAUGAGACAGAGUUAGGGCUAGAGGAUGAAUCAGAAGAUGAGCAGGAAAUGCAGGACGAUGCGUAUGAGGAGUUUGAGUGUGAUGAAGACCCUACAUGGAGUCCUGAAGAAAUCGAAGAUGCAUAUAAAAAGCUAAAGGAAGAUGAUGACUCGGUGAAGACUCAUCAGAACCCAAGGUACAAAGAUGCAAAAUUUAUUGCAUUUUAACAUCUUAGCUCUAAGUAUCCCCUGGGAAGUGAUUUGGAGAGGAUCUAUUUAGAAAAAUUGAGAGGAUCUAUUUAGAAACAAGAGUACAUGAAAUUUGUUUUUCAAUUUACUCAGAUAAGAAUUGCCAAAAAAAAAAAAGAAGAAGAGGCAUAACCAGCCCAUAGACUGGACGUCCCAGGCCUAAAAAUGUUUGGUUUGUCCACUCAGCCACGUUGGGGUGGGCUAGAUAGCUUAAGGGCUCAAAGUUGUCAUGUGUGCAAUCAACAGAAUUAUUAUAAAAAAGCAUUUUUCAGGAUGUAUGUGAGAAUAAAAUCCCAACCCACAAUUAGCCAGGUUUACAACAAGGUGAAAAACUGGCAACACCCUGAGAAAAACAAUAAAAAUGAUAAUCAUUUUUUUUAUUGUUAUUUUAUUAUUUCACAUGCUAUGAUUAAAUGAGUAUUUCCUUUCAAUCAUUUUUUACAGGUUGGAUCUACAAGGAAAAAACAUUCGAGAGGAACCGAAGGGAAUUGUUUUCCUUUCCAAACUUCUUCUUUUGUUUCAGUUCUACCACUUGUGCUUCUUUUCAAAACCCAAACUUUCUGUAUCACAGACAGGUACCUUGUUAACCGUAGAAAGUUUCUGCAGAAACUGUAGCCGGACAAAAGUCUGGAAGAGUCAACCAGACCUGCUAGGAAAGUUUCCAGCGGGUAACCUGCUAUUAAGUUUUGCAGUGCUCUGUGAGCCGAGAGAAAAGAAAGAAAUGAUGCAUUAAAACUGUAAUUAAAUUCAGGCUGAAUUCGAUUUAAUUUUUAUUACUUGUGUACAUGAAAAUUGGAGCAACAUCAGAAUCCCCAGCCACUGAACUUGAGUUUAACUGAACGCUAGAAGAACAGGGCUUCACACAGUGGGCAAGUUUGUCAUUCAACAAAAAGCGAGUAAGUGGCUGAGAAUUCUGAAGUUUGGCCCAUAAAAUUAAGUGCUUACGGACAAGUAUUCAAGCAACUACUGUAGGUCCUUCUUGGCCCCAAUGGCAUACAUGACACUCUUCAAGAACAAACAGUGCAUUUAUUAUUCAUUUUCUUCAUCUUCGAAUCCACGAUAAUGGCCAUUUUGACUCGGAAAUUGUUUCCUGAUUUUAUUGUAGGCACAACAGGGCAAGGGGUAUCGCCUAGAACUACCAAUAUAACUCCACAGCAGUCUUGUAAAUUGGCGAUAGGCCACAGACCUCAGGAAUCUAGUUAGAGAAAUGAGAUCACUGUUAAUUCAAGGAGGGAUUGGAUGGAGAUAAAUAAAUACUCCUUUUAAAAAUAAGCAGUUGGGGCAAUAAAGCCAUUUAGAAAAUAAAAAAUGUGAUUCUAUGAGAUCAGUCCACGGCGAUAAGCUUAGAUGUAUCAAUUAUUCAAUACUAUGUAAGGUUCGAUCGUUCCGAUACAAAGUCAACAAUACCCCAACUUACUCAUCAUCACUUUUGUUCCUUUGCCCACGAGCAGUUGUGUACGACUUUCCAGCUCGCGUUUUUAGGCCCAGUGCAGCCACUUCUAAUACGUGGCGGUUUAAGCAGACGCGUUCAAACCCUGAAUGGAGGGUUAUGCAUACGGUCAGGUCUCCAAUGGCUUCUUCUAUGACCUCUUCGCAGCGAUCGAUCUCUUUGCAGCAAAUGCACUCCUGCACUUUUGUAACAAGGCUGACAGAGCAGUUCGAGCACGAACACCUGCAAAAUAAUGUGAAAAAUUCGUCAAACACAAGAAAAAUACGUCUGUAUAAAAUUAUUAAUUGUCUGACCUCUUCAAUAAAACUAUCGCAUAAAAUCAGGACUACAGCUAAUCACAUAGCAACGAAAUUGUAAACUUAAACAAAACACACAGUGGCGUUCGUCAAGCGCACGAUUUAACGACGGGUAUGUUGAAAUUGGAAAAUAAAAAUAUAAAUCUACAUUCCAUGAUAAUACCAUACCAUUCAUUCGCUGGCACCUCUCCCGAAUAUCUUCGUUGAAACUGUUGUUCCUCUUCUUCUUCGCGAUGAACUCUUUCGUUGUAGUCCGGGGCUUCUUCCUCGGUGGCAAGGGGUUCGCAACUGUCGUUGUACGGCGCAAUUCAGACAAUUCCCCAAUCACUUCGUCAACUGUAAAACUUUCUAGAUCACUUUCAGAUGUGCAGGAAGAGGAAUCCGACGGAGAUGACAUCUUAAACGUCUUGUUAAAAGGCUCUAAACUCACAAACUUUUCCCAAAUGCGAAUCUUUUAGAUGAUGUUUCUACGUCACAGUGCAUAAAUCACGUGGUUAAACGCACGACCGCUUUGCGGAGAUCUCGCGGGCUAUUGCUUUGCGAACUUUGUAAUGGCGGACGGUAUUUACGCACUUUUCAGUGAGAAAUUUCCAGCCCCCGUACGCAAGUAUCGUUUCAAUUUUUCGCUAUUUGUAUAAUUUUGAACAUAUACAAAAGAUUUAUGUUAAAAAAACUUGGAAACAAAAACAAAAAUUUUCGUCGUAGUAGCACUUUAAGGAGCAGGAGAUGAGGUCGAUUUUCAAAUAUGGGAUUAUGGGUCCUAGUGGCCUUAAUCAAGACUUGAAUAGACUUGACGUGAAUUACUCACUUUUUGCUAACUCGCGCGCUGGCGCGCGCUAUCACAUGUGGCACGCGAGCGUGUGUGCAAUGAGACACGUGAGCUAAUUUAACGAACUCUUUAACGGUAUUUAGUCUGGUACCUUGAAGAAGGCAGCAUUGCCGAAACGUCGGUUAAGAAUUUUUUGAACAGCGUCAAAUGUACAUGUAAAUUAGCUGCUAUUCAUUACGUCUUAAUCCAUGCCAUUGUGGUAUCGCUAUUGAUAUGUGGCAGAAUUCUAUGUUACGUUGAAAAUAUUGUACAUGUAUUAUUUAUUACUUGGGUCUGGGACAAGCUUUUCUCGUGUUCUCCCAACAUCCCUCGAGGGUUAUCACGCCCGUAAACCUAUAGAAAGUGUGGUCUAUUGCUUUUAUAAAAUAACUUUAAGUAAACUAUGAAUUUACCGGCACAAUAAACCAUAGGUUUUUAACCAAUCAGAACGCGCGUACUAUCUCAGUUAUUUUAUAAUGAAAAAUAAUUUCGGUAAAAUUUUAACUGAAUUGUUAGUCCUGAUAACCUUGGACGGCACUAAAUUGUACAGUUCAGGUAGAUCCCAGCUCGAAUUUCUGCUUGAAUUUGACAUUCACUUCUUCUGAAAUGAACGUCAAAUUUCACAAAAAUUGUGAGAACACACGCAAAUCUCUGAAAAUUUCAAGUGGAAGAUGCAAUUUUGUGAAAUUUAACAUUCAUUUCUCGGGCUACCAUUAGAAUUUUUUUUGGUGUUAUUUCAGAUGAUUUAUUACAUCUUUAGGUCUUGAAAAAUGUAAAAAGGAAUGCAAUAGUUUUAAAUUAUUUUUCUGAUUGGUACAAGAUUUUUGUCCCCUGAAAAUUAAAAUUAUUCAAUUUCAUGGUGGAUUCCGUCUUUUAAAAUGUUUAAUAGUGUUUGAAAAACUGCUCAGUUUUGCAUCCUUAAUUUCUAAUUCUAAAAUCAUUUUGUUUGAGAGGUAAUGUCAAGCAUUCGACACAGUGUUUCAUCACCAGAUGAAACACCUCGAAAUUCGUCAAAAAUACUCCGCUACGCGUCGUAUUGGCAAAUCUUUGUUUACACGUUUUGCGGCAUUAACACAUAAUUUAUCACUAUCUGAUGACGCUAAUAAAAUAAAAACUCUGAAUAUUGAAAGGGCAUAAUAGUUUCAGUUACCUCUGAAAAUUUGAGCCCAAUACACCGAAUAGUUUGGGAGAAAUUCUCUUCUAAAACUCGAAAUUUUACAGCCAAUCUAUUAAUUGCCACCCAGCAAUUUCGCAGUUUUUGAUGGCUGAUAUUUCCUUCAAUAUUGCUUGCAAAGAGCUAGAAAUUGCACAAAUUGCUCAACUUAACCAGUUCUUUCAAGUUUUGCAUUUAGUUGAUACAUGUACAGUAGUCGAACCUCUCGGUAGGGACACCUCUCUAUUACGGACAGUUUCCAAUGUCCAGACAAAAUUAUCAUACAUUUUCUUUUAAGAAAACCUCCAUAAUACGGACUUCCUCUAAUAAGGACAACGGACAUUAAAUCUCGGCCCCAGAGAGUAAAAUUCGUCUAAACUUAACCUCUUUAUUACGGACACUGCGUUGAUCGGGUGAUGAUAGUUUGUGCAUGCAAGGUGCGUGAUUUCAAAAGCCCAACCGCUGUAUAUAAAACAACGAUUUGCGAAGUGUACAGAGCAUGCAGAGGAAGAUAACCGCGGGUUUUUUUAAGGCUUGAAUAACUGCAGAUAGCAUAACUUGAUCUUUUCUAUUACAUUUUGUACCUUAGCUACUGUUACUGCACCUACAAAAUAGCGAAAAACGCUUUCAGAAUUGUGCUUUAGGUUUCAACACCUUUUACAUGGGGCAUUGCGCUAUAGCUCGUUUCGUUGUAAAACAGUUAUUAGUCUAUGACUGUACUGACUUACUUUGUAGCUGAGACAUACAAUGUUGAAUGUUACUGAAAGACAGUGUCUUUUGUCUACUGCGAACUAAUAAAACUAAAUGCAGUUUAAAGACGAGGGUAAGCCUGAUUUUAGCUUACUGAACACUCAAAACCGGAAGUGGAUCGAGUCAUAAAAAUGACCUCAUCGUAGUGACCUCUUUUAUACGGACACCUCUCUAUUACGGACACUUCGCUCUGUCCCUUCGGUGUUCGUAUUACAGAGGUUCGACAUAUACGGCCGCGGCUUCUAUGAGUUACGGUCGUAUGCUAAUAAGGAAAAAAUGUAAACAAUGACGUCAGGAAAGAUUGGCCUAUUUUCAACUCUCUUCUCACUGUUUUAUCCAGUGAUGAAACACUGCGUCUCAUGCUUGAUAUAUUACAUAUUACAUAUCUUGCCAACAUUGAUCUUUGCGGUUAUAAUUGCGAAAUCAAAAGAAACCUGUUGAAAUAAACAAUUUUCUCUGUGGUUUCUUGUUGGUGACAAAUGAAGCAUGCUUAUUAGCUUUCGUGCCUUGGGUAUCAAAGCACUGUUGGUAUUUCCCAUGGGAUAUUUAUUUUAUGUAGGGAACGUUUGGUCACAUUCACCAUGCCAAAUUUCCUUAGUUAAAGGGUCACUUAUUGCAUAAUAGUAAAUACAUAGUGUCCCUUGUAACAGCAGCAUUAGCCUGCGUAGCAGGCGCUUGGAAGUAGUGGGCAUAAAUUCUCCAUUGUUUCAAGGCAACUGGACUCGAGGAUCCGUGGAUAAGUAUUAGGGAAGACAAUAACAUAGAUAGAUAUUUAUCCAGGCAGCGGAUAGCGCUACCCACCUUUCGAACAUCUGGGGCCAGAUCUCUAUGUUUGCUGUAAGAACAUACAUGCAGUAUGCUUCAUUCAGUGUACGCUACACAGAGUGUACAGAUAGCUUUGAUUGACAUGGAACUAUACAUAUUGUGACAUCAAAAUUACACGCAGUAACUUCUCUUCCAAACACUCGUAGGCAUCCAUCUUCCAAAAGUGACCCCUUACCCUUGCAUUCUGGGUUACUGCCGAAGCCUAGAGGUUCAUUAUGUCAUGGUACCAAACGGAUGCGAGAGCAGAAAAUUUGUUAUGAUUUGGAGAAAAUGAACACAACAGUCGGAACAGUUUACAAUUUACAAGACGUGUUUCGGCGAACUUAUGCCAUCUUCUGUUGUAGAAGCUCGUUACAAGUUGAAUAUCUUCAGUUUUAGAAGUCGUUACAUUUUGAAUACGCUAAUUACAACGAUUUUGAUGAAAGCUCAAUGUGACAGAAGAACAAUGAGGAGAGAAAAAGAAACAGCAAAAAAUAACAGCAUUUAUUUUGAUUAUAUUUUUUGUCAUGGUUAAAGUGUGAUAACUUAAACACAGGAAGAACAAAACUCUCAGUAUAGACAGCACAAGGCAAGAUAAUCAUAAACUAAUAAUAUUUUCGAGAAAAAGAUACAUAUUACGUUUUUUAUUGAUCAUCGUCUCAGGGUCGGCUACAUUUUCUCCCUAAAUUAAUUAAAAGUUGGGAUAUAAGUUGUGACUCAUUAGAUUGGCAUGUACAGGCUUAUUCUUAAACCUGUGGCACAUUUGAUUAUAAUCACAUGGUUCAAUAAGUUCUCGAAAAGUAAUGUCUGGUUGUAGAGAGUAAGAUAAUAGGAAACAUCAACGUAAAUACAAACAUUGCUAUUGUUAUUUAGUUUUGUAAUGAGUGGAGCAAAAGAUUCUUUUGUCUCCAAUUCAAGAACUAAUGCGCUUCUGGUUCGCAGAUUAGUAUCAAUAGGUGAGGUCGGCGUGAGUAUCACUACAGCUGUACAUGUAUAUCAAGCUUCUUUGGUCUUAACAUUCUCAAGAGAACCACAAAAAGAAACACUACAGUUGACUCCCGAUAACUUGAAACCUUCCUAACUCAAACGAAAAAUGAUUUCCCCUGGAUUUCCACUAUACAUUUACGGUAAUUUUACCCUUGGUAACUUGAAGCCUUUGUUUCCCUUCAGAUCACUCCCAUUAAUUUUACCCUCGAUAACUCGAUCCACGUUUUAAGCGUGUGACAAGUCAACAACAACAACAACAACAAAAAACAGUGUCCUGAAGUCUGAAACAUUGAAUAUUAUUCUCUUACUGCCCCUUACGUGAAGUGUACAAUGUACAUGAUACUUGCAUUCCUUCCCCACCCAUUUUCUUAUUUCCUUAUUUCCGGUUAUUUGCUUUGAACUCCCCAUAACUCAAACUUUUUUCGAUUUCCCUAGAAGGUUCGAGUUUAUUGGGAGUCGUCUGUACUUCACCGAUAGAUAAUUCACAAUAAGUAAACCGUGCUUGACUGAGUAACACUUUGCAUGUAAGAACUCAUGUACAUGAGGCUUUUAUUAUAUGCCAAUGUACUAUAUGUACCUGUUUGGUGUAAAAGAAAGUCAAGUCAUGCAUUGAUUAUUUAACUUUUACAUGAUGUAAUUAUUGUAAUAGUUUGUUGUAAAUGUACAAUUGUUUUCCUUUGCAGUUCCAUUUGGAAUUCGAGAACCUUUCCCCGUAAACAUCUACCCUAUUGAGGGGACUGAAGCUAAAGUUACUUGUGUGGCUUUUGAUCCAUCAGGAAAUAAAACUGCUGAAAGGAUACAGUUUAUGAGGAAAGAUAAUUUUGCACGCUACACAAAUAUAACAGCGAGUGAAAACGUUGAAUUUACAGAAAGGAGAGAACCUGCAGUGCCUCCGGCAAGUGAGUUGUUUCUUUUUGGACAUUCCUAAACACGCCGCCAUGCACAUGUAUAUGUCAUACCGCGCUGAUCUACAGCUUGUACAUUUGAGCUCUUAAUGAUGGUCAGUUGCUAUGGUUCAAGAUAUGACAUCCACCGCCCCCCCCCCCCCCCCCCCUUCCUUGUACCACGGUGGAGGUAUGAAUUUGCGUGUACGUCCAAGGGUUAACUCGUGGAUGCGCAUCAUUUUUUUUUCUGUUUUAAAGAAUCACAUACUUGGAAAAAAAAUACGUGAGAACAGCCAAAGCCGGGGGCUUAAAUGGCCUCAGGUCAGCAAAAAAAAUUGAAGAAUUUGCAUGAAUAAAAGAAGGCUUUAACUAAAAUGAUUACAAUACUAUUAAAUCAAAAGAAAGAAAAGGACAGUCAAAAAACUUACGACUGAAAUACAAUACUUGACAACUAAUUUCAAAUACUUAAACAACUAAUUUUUCCUACAAACCAUACAAACAAAUACAACUAGUAUAGUCCCAUAAGGUAUACAAAAUGGGUGACAGGAAACUUGAUUAAGCUAUUAACAAAUUUAACUAAGUUUAAGCUUGAUUAUACAAGUAAUAAUUAUUGAGAUUGAGUUGUUCUAGGCACUGCAAUAUUUACUCUUUCACUCUCUCACUCACUCACCCACUCACUUCAGGAGAACAUCUCCAAAUCUCAGAAAGCAUUAUUGGUAAGAUGCAGUCGAACCUGUAUACAAGUGCCCUGUAUUCAGGGCGGCCACCCUCUGUUAAGCGGCCAGUUUUCAAAGUCCCAAUUUUUCGCUCAUACAAGCACUGUAUGUUUAAGGAGAAAAACUGAUAAUAUUUUCCUUUUCAAUGCACCAUUUCUUUUCGUGAUCAGUUUGAAUUGCUGGUUGUAGAUAGACAUCGGUGAAACUUGAUCCUUGUGAAGAACUUGGUUGGCUUAGCACAUGACUGAAAAUUUGCUCUAAUAUUUACCAAAGUUGAUGUGUCAAGUCUGCAUGUUUUACACUGUACUUUCCUGCGUCGCAGAUGCUCUAAAUCUUCUGUACAGACUGCACAAAUGGUUUAGACGAGUGGGUGAGCCGGCUGCAAUGCAGGCUACACUAUACAAGCAGUGCUUGAUAUGUAGUUCUUCCGAAGUGUGGUGAUGAGAAUGCAACAAUGAGCUUCUGGAAGAAUAAGUUACUUCUUCGAUUUGUCUUUUUGCCUUCGUUUCGAUAAGAUCAGAUCAUUUGAAAGCAUUUACUUUGGCAUUUUCUCACUUGUAUUCUGGUGCAAAUGUCGCCGUUUUUCAGCAGACUUAAGUCAAGAUGUUGGAUCAGUUUAAGAUUUUAAGGGUACGUUCAAGAGAUGCCUUAGAUGUAAAUGUAUGGAAGCUUGUCGCAAAGUUAAUUGGGAUUACAUAUAAAAGUAGGAUGCCAAAAAGCGAUUUUACAAACGAAAUCCUGCACGUCACCAAAUUUAUCUCGAUUAAUCACGCCUAAAGUCUCUCAUGAAAAGUUCCUUAGAAUGAGCGACUAUCGAGCUUCUUCAAACCCGAGAUUUGUUUUGUUUUGUUUUUUUUUUUUUUUACAACAAUACACCACAAAGCAAAGCUGUCACAGUGGAGAAAAAAUUAAGAAAAUUCUUUUUCUUGGCGUGUCCGAACUGACGCAGACACUUGUCAGCACUGACGCGUACCCUCGUCCGAGCUGAUGCGUCGAUUGCGUCAGUUUCGCGUCUGAUUUUUUGCUUAGUUCCGGCCUGUACUCCCCAAUGUACCAAUGAAUACUACAAAAGCUGUAAAAUCUAUAACGCUCCUACCCCAAUGCCCCAUGGACGGGUUUAAAAAACUACUACAAAUUGGUAAACAAUACUAGUCAUCAUUAUUCUUUUUAUGUAGGAAAUCUAUGAUUUGUAGUGUACAGUUGCACAGUAAUUGUUGUAGCACUUAAAACCCUUUGUCCUGUAGGCGAAAAGCUCAUUGUAACUAUGACCAUAAAGAAUGUUACACUGAGUGAUGACAGUACGUUUGGUGAACUGGGAAGGUACGAGUGUCAUGCUUUUGCAAAAGGAGACCCUUUAGAGAGGAGACAUGGAUUUAGUGUCAAUGUCAUUUCAAGUAAGUACAGCUGUAUCUUGUUUUAGGAACAUCAUUUUGUGUAUCAUCAUUUGAUACUGUGCAUUGUUCAUUGUAAAUAAUAUAGUCAAACCUCCUGAAAGCGACAGCCCAAAAUGCCAAGAUUUAGUGGUCACUUACGGGAGGUGCAGUGGUCACCUGCAGAAUCAAACUAAUGAUGUCUAUUUCGAGAAGAGUUCGUACACAUCUACAUUUUGGGAGAGAAUUUAUUGCACGCAAUUUGUAAGUUAUGUCUACUGAGCAUGUGGUUCCAUGUUCCACUGAUAGUUGUUCGGAUACUAUAAGUGUGUUGUAGUACAAACCGCGAACAAAGAGAACACACCAUAUAUGAGUCAAGCGGUUGCUUACAGCAGGUUAAAAAAAAAAAUUAAGCCAGAGGACUUCGAGUGGAGAAAUCUUGGUGUUUGGAUAGCUGGUCGCUUAUGGGAGGUGGUCGCUUAUGGGAGGUGGUAAGUUAUGGGAGGUGGACGCUUACGAGAGGUUCUUAUCAUAAGGCUUUGAGUAGGAAAAUUUUGGCGUUUGGAUAGGUGGUUACUCAAGAGUGGUGGUCGCACAUCAUUGGAGGUUCAAUUGCAGUAACUAGUGUAAUAAUUACUCCUUAAUUUUGGCGCGAAAUUUCAGCGAUAAUUUGUAAUUUCACAUAUGAAAUUACAAAAUUGCCAUGGCAACCUUCCGUAAGUCUCAGUGUCAAGAUGGCGACGAAGUUUUAACAUGUAAUGAAUGAUGAUGCCAGGGGCAUUAAAAGACGCUUUAGAAAACCUAAACACACGAACGAGCACAUCAAGAAGGUUCUAAAAGGUAUUUUGUCGAAAAAUUCUGAACGUAAGCCAAAUUUAAGCUCUAAACGUUCGAGAGAGGGGAGCUCUCGAUCGAUGCGAUCCAGGAUAAACAUGUCAAAAAUCCAAGAUUACUGACGUAAUUCGUCACCCAUGAUAUUAACAGGUAAUCAAAUGGCAUACUCGUGAAAUUAUGGAAUAAUUUCACGCGCUUUUUGUCCAAAUCCUUAUAAUUUCUCGAGCCUUUAGAUUACACAUACCAAUGGCACACUGUACAUUGAUGUUUUGUACAAUUCAUUCUUGUUAUCGUGAUUGAAAGUCCAUUAAUCGUGAACAAAUUCAGUUAUCCAUAACGAUAUUGUAACACAUCAGUUUCUUACAUUGUUCGGGGGCACCGAACGACGGUUUCUUCCUAAAUGCUUUGAAAACACUUUUUAGGUUAUCCAGAGUACUUUUAGAUCCCUAGGAAUAUAUUCUAAGUGGCGCUAAAAAAUUUAUAUCUGUUCGGUCAUCCUAGGGGAACUUGAGUCUUCUCGAAAUUGCGAGGGCUUUAGUAUUAUUUUCCCGAAAUUUUUAGCUGCAAUUUAAAGUUUUACGAAAGUGAUAGUUUUUUUGAUUCCUCUCUGCAUCUCAUUUUCAAUCCCGAAAGUUUUAGGUUUUCUUUUCUCUACGAAAAAUAGCCUAACAUGUGGAGUGAAAUGGGAAAAAUUAAACUUCAGAAAAUCGUAGAGAAUAUAUUUGAUAAGUUUCGAAAAUUGUAAAUGAACGAAACGGUCACAUAGAAAUUUUUAGCCUUCCUCAAGCUAUCGAAAAUUCUAGGCAAUUUUUUCUACUCCGAACAGAUAUUUCAUAGAAAACAGUCGUUGGGUGCCCCUGAUUGUUAGCCUUAUUUUUCCCUUUCCUCAAUAGUCAUGAUAGUUUUUUUACUCACUGUCUAUAAUAAAUUGUAAGCAAUGUAAAUCUGUAAUGUGAACGUUUGUUACGUUAAAACUUGUCUCCAGGUUCUGUAAAUUAUGAUUAUUAUCCAAGUUGAAAAGAACAUUAUUAAUUAAUGGUGGCUAUACUGGAAUUCUCCAUUAGUAGUUUUUUUGUGAUAUUACACUGUAUGUACAGUAUUUGGAGGCAUACCAAUAUCAAAGUGUUGAAAACAAUAUACACUUAAUGUCAGAUCCCGAGGGAAACAGUUAGUUUUGUUUUCCCAAGAGUCAUCAUGAUCAGGACUCGAGGGAAAACAAAACUAACUAGUUUCCCGAGGGACCUGACAUUCAGUGUUUUGUUAUAUUUCUAGACUUUCACUUCAACAGCAACAAAAGAAUAACCGGAGCGAACCAAAACAGUCGACUCGGUACUUACAACAACACAAAUUUAAUUCUCAACACCGCUGAAUGAAUGAUUUGCAGAGUACUUUCCUUACAUUAUCUGCGUCUUUUUCCUCCACUAGCUAAUGUUUUUCUUCCUGGGAACUUCUGGAAUAAUAAAAGCUCGUUGCUUUUUAGCUUGAGGCUUCGUGUUUGUGUUGUUGUGUUCAUUCACGAAAAUGAAAACUGGCAGGACCUGGAGGUGUUUUUCUCACCUUCUGUCACGCUACUUUCCACCAUGCUAUGAUCACGUACUGCAAUGUAGCCCGAGCGGGGUACAUUGCAUGCAUUUUCACUCAAAAAUGGCUUGACCACCAACUAAUUACGUCAUAUCUCGUAACCAUAGUUACUGACCAUCAACGAACAGCAUAGUUGCUGACCAUCAACGAACAGCUACUGAAAAUGUCAGGUGCUGAGGGUGGAGGGUUAACAGGUUUGGUGGAUAACACCCUCCUUGAUUUGCAGAAUUCGCCAUAUCCUACUCAGCCUCAUUCAAUAAUUAACCAGAGCUUUUCUCUUAGCCCUGGCUAAAUCUAUUUAUUAAAAACUGAAUCAUUGGAUAAUGCAAUUCUAGCAUUUUGAUUGGCUUAGCCGUUAUGGUAUAUGAGCUAAUAUACCAUGUUCUCCAUAUAUGGUCGGUGUACGCGUCAGUUUAAAAUUGGAAGCUAGCUGAGAUUUUUUUUCGCGAAGGAUAGAACGGCGCCCGAAGCAAAUCGUUUUAAUUCAUUUCUUAGAAUACUAGAAAUGCAAUUUCAACGAAAGAAAAAAGACAAAAACAAACAAAAAAGCCACAAGAGCUUGUUUGAAAGUUUGUCGAAAAACACAUGAAAACACAUGGAACUAAAUAAAAGUACCUUGACCAGCUACGAAAGAAGACAAGUGUUGUUUCUUCAUGAUCGCGAAGCCAUUCGCCGAUCGAGUCACUCGCCGAUAGAUGACUGCAGCUUGUUUAUCCGACAUCAAGAAUAUAAAUCACAAGUAACCAGCUACAAAUACAGGCUAUGCAGCCAUUCACUAGAGCAAUCGAGGCGGCAGUAUAGCUUCUUUUCUCGUUCAGCAAAACCAGCUUGUGGCUUCAAACAACUUCAUAACAAGCGACCGAGGUAAUACCGGUAGUUUUUUCUCCGUUGUUCUUACUUUUAUAACUGCACCGAAAAUCCAAAUUCAUAGUAAUUUCGACGGCUGUCACCUAAAAAUUCCUUUCCUUCACAUUAUCUGCCAGGUUUUUUAAGCUGUUCUGCUGUGUAAAAUCCUACAAUCACGAUGAGUUUUUCAAAAACUAAUGUUCAUCGCUACAAUGUUUUGAAUUUUCAUUCAUGCAGUCUAGGCGAGUCCGUUCGCGCGUUGACAGUUUUGAUAGACGUGUGACAUGUGAAUAGCGGAAGUCCCUUGUCUUUUCCGGUUUGUUCUAGUCGGGGCGAUUCAACGAGAUUUUGUGGGCGUUUUUAAUAAAACAAUUAUUCCACUCGGGCUUGUUGGAUAUGAAAUGAUUAUAGCCAACUCAGCGCUAUGCGCCUCGUUGGCUAUCAUCUCAUAUCCAACGCGCCCUCGUGGAAUAAUUGUUAAAUAUUAUAUUGUUAUUUUGUGAAUUGAAAAAUUUUGGACCCUGAAAUCUUAUACCAAAAAGUCUUGUAUUUGUUCGUGCAGGAUCAGAGUACAAAAUAUUUGAAUUUCUGGAAUUAUAGGAAUGAAAUUGUUUUUUCAUUAAAAACAUUUCUUUCAAUACAUCAGGGAGAAGGUCUAUUUUAUAAGAAUACAUAAACUUUCCAACGCGAAAAAAGUAAAUAUCAGAUAAUUUCAGUAUUUGAAACUUUUGCAUAUAGGAUCAGUGUGAGCAUCAAAUGGCUUCUUGGAAAUCGAAUAAUUUAUUUCUCAAGUUAAGGACUCACGUUUGUGAGAUAAGUCGAUGCCCAUACUGAAGCAUAAUGUACAAGAUAAGGAUAAACUAAGCUAUAAUAAAUGGUACGUAAAGAAGUAACAGGAAGGCAAAACCUUGAUUUACAUAUUUCCACAACUGAUUUAGAAAUUUUCGUUGCAACAUUAGCAAUAGAUAGAUAGAUAGAUAGAUAGAUUGUUUAUUCACCUUAAAAACAUGCAGCCAAGAGCUGUAUUGCGAUAAGGUUUACAAAUGCAAUAAUUUACAACUGUACUAAAUUACAACUAAUUAAGCGCUUUACAACUAGAUGGUCCAACACAAUUAACGAUAUUAAAACUGUUAUACAAUCACAAAUUCAAAAGCAUGCGUCAAGUUCCUAUAUACAAUAAGAAACAAUAAGAUUAUAUCUUGUUCUCAACUACUGUAAACAUAACUUAAAAGAAAACUAUAAUUCUUGUAUCUUUCGGUUUAACACUUUGGACGAAUAAAUGUUCUUUGUUCUCUGAGAGAGUAGAUAGGCGGGUAUUUGCUUGGAAGUAGUUUGUGGAGACUGUGAGAUUGAUUAGGACAUAUUUCAUCGAACAAGUUUGCCGCAAUUGCCUCUCUUCUAUCAUACAGUGUUAAAAGUCCAGACAGCUCUAGAGCCUCAACAUAUGAUAGCUCAGGGUAAAUAAUCUUCAUAGCACGUUUUUGCAGUCUUUCUUGGUCUUCGCUUAUAUAACUUGGUAGAGUGCGAUGAAAAACUGGGCUGCGUACGUACUCCAGAAUAGAGCGAAUGCAUGUGAUGUAAAACAGAAGUAGCGCUCUUGUAGCUUGAGACCUUUCUAACUAGUUCUGACACAUGGACAUUCCACUUUAGAUCACUGCUAAUAUUAAGUCCUAGCAAUUUCACACUGUUCACAGUCUCGAGGGCCUGACCGUUAACCCAGACAGGGUCAAAUUCUGGUUCGUUCUUGCGAAGCUAAUCCUGAGUUCUUUGCAUUUCCUUUCGUUUAACUGAAAUCUGUCAUCCCUUGCUUGCAUUGCGAGAUCAUCUACCACUUGCUGAAUACAACGAUCAUGGCCUGUAUAUACCACCUCAGAGAUUGUGGUAUCAUCCACAUAUUUCCUCAUAUCUGCCUCUCCUGCAUUCAAUUCAUUCAUCAUUAUUAAGAAGAGCCACCGCCCUAUUUUUGUCCCCUGAGGAACACCGGCUGGGAUGGAGCGCCACUCGGCGAAGCAAUGCUGGGCCAGUUUAAUAGAAAGUCGGUAAUCCAUCAUAAGAUGUGGUUCGGAACAUCGUAAUCUAAGAGUUUACACAGCAAAAUAUUGUGAUUAAUGAGAUCGAAAGCCUUACGGAAAUCAAAUAAAACUACUCUAAUCGCGACCGCGUUCCCAUCAGAUCAAGAGCUGAUGUGCCAGUUAUGGAUCAUGCUAACAAGAGCGUGCGUGGUCCAUGAUUUAGGUAUUGUCCCAUAUUGUUUUUUGUCGAUUUUUUUUAGCACGGCCGGCAUCACAAAGUCAUGAACAACAUAAUCCUCGGCAAUCUUGGACAGGAUAGGCGUAAGGGAAAUGGGACGAAGGUGCUUGUUGACAUCUUGGAUAGGUCUUUGGGGACAUGGAUAUCUGCAUCUUUUCAAGAUAAGGGCAGCCGACCUUCGCGAAAGGAGAUAUUCAUGAUAUCCAUGUUGGGUGGGGCCAAAAGGUCCGCGUUCUCCUUUAAGAGCCAUCCGGGGAUACUGUCCGGUCCUUGUGCCUUAGCUGGGUUAAUAGAUCAUAACUUUCUAAGGAUGGAUACUGUGAUACCGGUGAGAAAUCAUCACUCGCAGUUCUGCUCAAAGACACAGAAACAUCCCCCCUAAAUGGAUUGUGAGUGAGCGGUUCGAAAUCCUCCAUUGGGGCUAAGAAAGCUGUGUUGAUGUGGUUCUACGUAAGAUUCUCAUCAAGGAUCCGAUUGUUACAUUAUCGCUUUUCAUUAAUAAGUGUUGUCAAAGCAUUCAAUUUGUGACAAGUAUUAUGUAACCAGUUACAUAACCCCCAUAGUUAUAAAUUAGGUCUUUUCAUAUCUUUUUGUUUAGAACAGUUAUAUGUAAAUUUAGUAGCUUUACUUAAAAAGUAGUUUAAUCUUCCAGGCCAAUGGAUUAAAAUAUUUCAGAGUUUAUAGGCUGAACUCCGUUUUUGCUACGUUAUUUUACACCGAUCAUACCCAAGAAUGCAGUUAACAAAUCGAGCACAACUUUCCAUGGUCUACAAUCGUAUCGAUCAUGGAAAUGACGUCAUAAAAUGUUUAACACUCAAGUGGAACCACGAGCCGAGGGCGAGUGGUUUCACUGCAAAGUUUUGAACAUUUUAUGGCGUAUUCCUUUUCUGAUGCGCGCGGCUUUUUAAGGUGAGACUUCGCAUGUAAAUCAAAAGCGUAUUGUUUAUUAUGCGUUUUAAUAAGCCAGGAAUUUCAUUUGCCUCUCGAAGAUAAAAUUUUUACCCUUUUCAUUUAUUAUCGUCUCAAUGCCCUAAACCACUAGCCAGAAUAACGAAUAAGCUACAAUACUCGUCAAAAAACUUGAAACACUUGUGUGCGUUUCCCCUUCCCCAAUGUUGUUUAGGGUAUUACGGUCGAUCGUCUCAGUGCUCCAAAAUACGCGAGGCGCAACAUCGGGGAAGGAGAGGGGCACAUCUAAGUGACAACAAAAGUGCGAUGAGUGAAUGUAAGAAUCAAAGUCUCGAGAAAAUUCACAAGAAACAGUGUCUGUUUCAACAAUUUGUGACGAGUAUUGUAGUUUUCACAGAUUCAACUCUCUGGUUCACGGUCAUUGCUUUUUUGACUUGUCGCACGCGCGGCUUUAGAGAUGAGACCUGUAUUUAUUGCAAGAGUGCAUUGUUCAGUGAUACUGGGCGGGUUAGGUUCAUUUGGCUCUCUUGUAAAUAACACUAUAACCGGUUUUAGUUAUUCUGGUCUCAGUACCCUAAACCAUUACCCCGAAUAACAAAUGAUCUUUACUGAGUUCUCACUGCAAUUUAUUGUACUUUAUUCAGUCGAAUGAGCGGAUUUAGAGGUGAGACUUUUCAUGUAAGUGAAAAGCAAAUUCUUUAUUAUUAAAUAAGCUGGAAAUUUCAUUCGACUCUCAAAGAUAAAAUUUUCACCCGUUAUUAUUUAUCUUCUCAAUACCGUAAACCAUUAGUCCGGAUAACGAAUAAGCUAGCUCUCACUGCAAGUCAAUUAAUAUAUCUAGCUGCUUACGGUCACACUUAAGUCGCACGCGCGGCUUUAGAGAAGGCUUUGCAUUUAUUGUAACUUGUGUUGCUCCUAAAGUAAACUUUGCACAGUAUAUGUAUUUGCAUUGCCUCCCCAUCCCACUUCCUUAUUUUGUGGUUAUUUGCUUCUCGCUCCUGAUAAUUUUUGCUCCUGAUAACUGGAAUUUUUGUUGAUUUCCGUGGAAGAUUCAAGUAAUCACGAGUCUACUGUUUAGCACAUGAAAGGGGGAUAUUUUGUCUGGUCUUAAAACCACUGGAACUACAUGGAUAUUGUAUUAGAGACAAUGGACAGAAAUUAUAGCUUCACAUUCUUCCCUUUUUGUUUGCUUUUUUCUCUUUAGGAGAUGAAAUUCCAUCGGUGACAGUGCCUAAAAUCGGUGUGUUGAAACAUGGUGAGAACACCACACUCACAUGUAACCUGACGAGAAAUCCAGUUCAAGGAACAGUAUUGAAAACAAUUUCUUGGUACAAAGAUGGGAUUUUGCUGGAAAGUGUCAGAAACCCUGACCCAGAUACGCCAAUCGAUUCCCUUGGGCCUCUCGUUCUUAAUAAUAAUGGUAUUAGAUCUAGAGAUGGAGGAAACUACACCUGCUUUCUGGAAAUGGCGCUCCGCAAUAUCAGAAUGUACAAUGUGUCUGAUAGCACCAUGGUUGAAAGUAAGUGCACUGUAGACCCUGAUGGAGGGUUAGUCCUUGACUGCGAUUACAGCCAUCUCCCCUCGUUUUCCCCUGCUAGCUGGACAUUCCACAGGAGAGAUGUCCGUCCCUCAAUGACAGAGAUUCCACACUGAUGACGUAAAGUCUGUCUGGAAUCUGUUUAGGAUUUCUGAUUAGUUGAUGUACUGUCUGCAUCAGUCUUCACAUGUACGUAGUAGAUGUGAUGUAGCUAUUGUUUACUAACGACAGACAAUAGACAAAAGGCCGCAAAGGUCAAUAAUGAAAGUUACAUGUACUUGAUAAAUCUACUACUAAGAGUCAUUAUUUCUGGAAUAUUUGUAUAUUGAAAAAAAAAAACAUUUAUUUAAGUUUUGCAGAAGAAGUCAAAACUUUGCAAUAAUAGUCCAGGAGAAACAUAAACUGAGGCAAAUGUACAUUUGGAACCCCAUGACUACCAGAUAAAUAAUGUUAUAAUAUAUUCUGUUAUACAAUGUACAUGUAUAUAAACAUUGAUUUGCAUCGCCAGCAUGUGACUUUGGUCGUUGCUCAAGGCGUAGACCUUCUCUCCCACAUAACACUAAAUUCUUGACUGUUAUCAGUGAGUAGUGAGGAUCCCAGGCAAGGCUGGCCCGUAAAAAAUUUCAAUCUUUUUACAGUGGUACGGUUGAAUUGACUUUAUUUACUUAUUUGAUAAAAACAAAUCAGUGUCCAAGCUGUUAUGUCCUUACGCACAUUAAUUUUUCAGUAUUUAGGGCUUUUAUUACAGGACUAAGUGUAGGCUCUGCUCGCACUAAGCAAAAUUUGGUAUGUUUUGCAAAAGAAUCGGUCAACAGGAAGCCUUUCCUAGUGCGAACGAUUUUUGUCACCCACCAAAACUUUGCUCAAAUGUCACCAAACUUCAAAGAUGCCGUGGAGAAGAUUUGAAGGUCUACAGUGUUUUGUCAGGCAACAAUAUCAUUUGUUCCUUGACAGCUACAUAUUUCCUUCACUGGGUCUUCUUACUGUACCUCAUGAGCAUGGCCAAUGUAUUAAAGUCCCUUUAAUUGGCAUUUCUUGUUUUAUAUGAAAAAAUUUCUCAGAUGUGAGCAUGAGCAAGCUUGCGAAACCAAAAAAUUGGUGAUUACAAAAUUUGCAAAUUUUUGACACGCGCCAAACUCGUGGUGUGAACAUUGAGUUUGAUUUUUGCUUCUUGAUUUGAUUUGUUUGUUUGUUUGUUUUCUUAAUCUGUUACAAUAAAGUAGGAGAGUUCAAGGACCACAAUGACCAGUAAAACUUCUCCAUUACAUGUACACUGUAGCAAGGGUUAUACUGUAAUAAAUCCUUCUUUUUCUUUCUGUUCUUUGUUUUUAAUUGAGGGUGUCUUGAAAAGGGCUGUUUUUCUCAUAAAAGUGAUUAAUGUGCUCGAAAUGAAAAAAAAAAAAAGGCUCCAACGUUGCUCCUUGAGGGCUAAAUUCAGCAGUUCAUAACAUUGAAGAAUUGUAUGCAUAAUAACUAUUAUUACAUAUAGCUGGAAAAUUUUCCCAACAGUGUGCGCUCUCGUUGGUCACGUCGAGGUCACUUGACAUCUAAUAAUGAAACUGCUUUCCUUUGUUUUCCGCAAAAACCUUUGAACGGGCAACAUUGCAAACUCUAUGACGUCAGAGGGUAACACUGCACUGACGACCGCCGUUACAGCAAGGUAUAAUGAAUCUCCAGCUUCAAAAUUUCCAGCUGCAUAACAAAUCACUUAAAAGUAGAUGUUUCCCGAAGGACCUAUCAUUAAGUGUUUAAUAUCGAAUAUGUAGACGUUCCUAAGUUAUUCUUGCUUGCCAACAGUUACUCCAGGGUUCAACAAGCCAAUACAAGUUGUUAACCUUACGAUUAUAAAAGGAGAAAAUGCUUCACUCGAGUGUGCGGCCCAAGGGUUUCCCCUUCAUGUUGAAUGGAAGUUUCAGAAGAAAGGAGAGGACCUCGUACGGCCUUGCAUAGCCAGUAAGACCAAAAUGUAGCAUAUCAACAGUUUUUUUUUUAUAUAGUUGCAAUAAUCAGUGUUAUAAUAUAAGACAUGCAAACUUUAACUGUUUACCCUUUCCACUCGCGUUCCAGGGUCUAACGCUCGGUUCCAGUCCCUUGUUGGCCAGAUUGACUAUUUUGCUCAUUGGCACUGAUUCUUCUUCCUCAGUCGUCUUUUUCAGAACGCUUGCCACGUAGGCUACCAUUAUUUGGUGACUAAAUAUCAUGGCAAGUCUCUAGAUUUCGGAAAUUGUAAAAACCUUUUACGAGACUGUAAUUGUUGUCUUCAUACCUCUAAAAAUUUUAAUGUUAUUGACCUUAGUCUGUACCUUCAUAUUUACAAAGCAAUAUGCAUUCCAGUCGAUCAAUAAACGUUGCUUUGAUUUUUUUCUUUUAUUUAAGAUGACUCAGAUGGAAAAUACCUUGUUCAUCGCAGCGGAAUUUACGAUGCUUAUGUGCUGGAUAUAACUGACGUGCAGAACGCUGAUCUUGGAUCUUACUACUGCUGUCUUCCCUCUAACUGCUCAAAUAAUGUUCAAGACAACUGUCAGCAGUUUGUUCUCCGAGGUAAGAGCCCACUGUUAUGAGAUCAUAAUCAACGCAGAACCUUUGGCUUAAUAGACUGAUUUUUGCUAAGUCGUGAUGAGACUAUUAACAGAAACAAAGGAAGCAUGCACGAUCUGUCCUUGGCAUUCACCCGGAUGUUAAAUGGCCAUCACUAUGUAAUAUAACAUCAAAAUGAUACCGCCAGAUAUUUUCUUGCUUUCGUUUGCAUUUCUUUGCCUACUUUUUUCAUUUUCGUAGAACUGGAUACAAAAAAAUGCGACUCAAAGCCUUCGUCCUCUUCGUCUACCGUGUCAUGGAUUACAGCUGUUUCAGUGGAAGGGGCGUUCCUUGUCGCGGCAACUGCCGCUAUUGUAAUGUUGGUGAGAAAGUUGCGUGUGAAGCGGACUAAAGAAGGUACUACACCCGAUACAAAAACAGACGGGGAUGUUCAACGUCUCGCUUAGGGGUAAAUUUUGGUUUUGGUCUCGCUUAAAUAAAUAUUUUAAGGAGCCAAGGUCUCGUUUAUUUCCGUGAAGAAACACAGGCGAAGAAAAACAGAAAUCAAAUUGUCUUUUUAGUUUUAAGAACCUCUGUGACAAUGCUUUUAAAACAAAAAGCGGUGAUUAUGUCUUUAUAUCAUUAAAACUCAUUGCAUGUCGUAUUUGUGUGUUUUUUAUUUUGCAUUUUUGAGAAAUUCCAAUUUCUAAUCCCCGUUGUUUCAUAUGGGAGUUACACAUAUGUUAAACCUUCUGUAUGGAAAUAAAAUUGCGUUGUUUAAACGGUGAAGAUGCAGAUUUAAAACGGUUUUUGCAUUUUGAGAACUAAUGCUAAUGUUAGGGUUACAUUUGUUAAACCAAUUAUUUUUCAAUAGUUUAAAUUUCUAGUUUAAAGCUAGACAAUACAAAGUUCACCUUCAAUUUGGCAAAAAAUUUGCCAAUUUUUUAUUAGGAUUUCAUAAUACUUGGUGUAUAUAUAUUUGUGAGAAGAGCAUCCAAGGCCAUUAGGUAUGUCACGUGGAUAUCUGUAACAACUUUCUAAUUAAGCAAAUAGCCCCUAAGGUCAUACCAGUGGCAAUUUAGUUUAAUCUUUCUUCUUCUUUUUUUCUUCUCCAUGCGCCUCCUUUUCUAGAUUCAAAAGUUCAAACUGUAGAAAGGUACGACCGCUUACAUGCAUGUAGUUUAUAUCUAAAUAUCUUUAUACAUCCUUCCUUGUUUUCUUUCAAAAUUUGACUUGGGCCAACAUUAAGCUUAAAUCCACCUUCAGUGCUGAAAAAGGUACCUUAAAACUGGCAAAGUUUCAGAAUGGUAGGCUGAAAAGUAACGGAGGUAUAGGUCUACAAAGCCAAGAGAUUUUGCAGACGAUUCCAUAGGGUGAGCCAUCUAGGUAAAAUUUCGUCCAAAAAAUGACGUCAUAAGUGGUAAGAUUGAUUGACUAAACACAUGCUUCAACAUUAUUUUUCCUAAUAUGAGUAUAAAAGGAGAAACACUUUGAUAGCAGACUGGCAGUCUAGUGACGGUAAAAUAUAUGACGCCAUUUUUCGUAAACGGAAAAAUCUCGCAUGUGUUUGUACCGAUGUAUCUGCAAUUAAAGGUUCCUCUAACAACUAAACUGUUAUAUUAUAUCGCCAGUAUCUACCUUGAAAUUAAGGAUAAAUCGGUAACAAAUCCGGUACAGAACGAUGUCAUACAGCUUGGAGGAGCAGAACACCAAACAGCACCACCUUGCAGCAAGGAAAGUGGAUAUUCCGUCUUGAAUCACCCCACAGUGGUAAGUCUGUUAAUAACAUCUGUUUUUGAAACUUGAACAUGAACAUUUUAAUUGGUUUCUUCCUCUCUUCUACCCCCCGGGGCAUCUUUGAGUGACAGGCGAGGGAGGCUGGGGAGUGUUUUAGAGUUUUUUUUUUUCGCCACUUUGAAGUUGCGCGGGAGACCGGGACGAGAUGGUUGUCAAAGUACAUCGUGGGGCUGUUUUUGGCCAAGAUGUCGAAAAUGCCUCAAAACAGCCCACAGCGCACUUUGAAUGAAAUCAUCUCCACCCGGUCCUCUGCGCAGCCUCAAAGUGGCGAAUUACAGUGUAUUGUUAUCAUUUAGUUAUUAUUAGCAGUCGAACCUCCACCGACGACCACCUCUUUGCAACGGCCACUACCAUCACCAAGAUGGCCAUUGUGGAGAGGUCCAACUGUAUUAUUUAAUUAUUUAUUUAUUUAUCAGUUUAUUGCUAUACAUAGUUAAAGCCUCCUGGUGAAAGGGAGAGUUUUUUUCUCUUCUGAAGGUAGUAGAAAUUUAAAUGUUAAGAUAAUGAUCCUACAAUGUUAUAAUUACGCCUUUUUCUGCUUCUAUAUUUGAUGGAGCAAUCACUUGUUUUUCAUCUUCGUCCUCAUCUUCAAAAUCAUUUUCGUUGAGACGGUGUAUCAAAAAUCUGAAGCAAUGACAUGUUUUACAAAAUUUUAAUGCCCGAAGUUUGACAAAAUCGCUUAGUGAAAAUCAUUUUCUCAACUGUGCUCACGAUGUUGUAUUUAUAGGUAAAGAAACACUAGGGAAAGUGUGGCACAGGGAAAAAAUAAGACGCUUAUGACCCUAAUGUUUCUCAUGUUGGAUUAAAUUUAUCAAAGUUUGUUCGAGAUGUGUUGUUGUACGUACAGCCACGUCCGUAGUAACACCGCGAGUCCUCGACUGCGUGACUAACUGAUUCAGUUGCUCCAGAGUGAGCUAUCUGAAUGACUGACUCGACAUUGACCGUUCGAGCACAGUAGUUCCAAUAAGGUUUAAGUGUAAGCAUUUGCCUUAAACUACUCAGUACUCAGAACUUUUUAAAUUGUUUUAAUUUCAGGCACAAGGUGAUGGUUCUUAUGCUACCCUUUCGGCUUCGGAGUCAGUUAACAGCGUGAAUGGGAUAUCCAACUUUAAUUCACCUACAUACGUCAAUCAAGUUCCUGCGAAUGAAUACAUGAAUAGCUGAUUCCGUCGGCACAUAGCUUGUGAGAUCCACUGGUCGUUGCAUGUCAACCCGUGUAAGGGGCACGUCCGUCCAGCUCUUAACACUAAAGAAAAAUAUUACACUGUUAAAAUUUUUGCGCGGAAGAAUUUAAUUUUAGUCUUACUUAGCAUUGUAUGGUCCACGUAACCAGUUACCAGUACAAUUGACAUUACAAUUCCAGCUUAGUCAUUUCACCUAAAUGGUGCAUUAAGAAUAGACUGGACUCUGUGGCUCAGAGAUUUUUGCUCUCUACUCGAGGCUUUUGAUGCACUUCGAUAGUAGAAGUUAAACUUAUCUUAGGCAGGGACCAGUUAAAGCCUUAAACUGUCAUCCUUGACGGAAGCCCGUAACAUUCAUAAUAGGACAAUAUAAGAGGUAAACUAUCCUUCUUACCAUCUCUUAAGCUUAGGAAAACAAGGACUUACCAAUUACACCGUAAGAAAAGAAGAAUAAUAAAAGAAAUAUUAUGAGGCAUUCCAGCCCGGGGGGAGGAAGGGGAGGGGACCGGAGAGGUACUCCCUAUUAUGGCCUAUACGGGGAGGCUCCUCCGGAAAGGGGUAUCUUUUUCAGGCUUC